GCACCGCUCUCUAUUGUCUCCUCCCCGUGCUCUUAUUACUGUAUCAUCCUCACCAGCGCGCCGCCUUCUGGAAGCCUGCAGCAACGUGGCAGAAGUGGAGGCGUGGAUCCUCGUCAGCGCUCCAGAGAACUCUGUUGUUGCACUGGGCCUGGCACAUCGGCCGUCGAGUCGCGGAACGGGUACCUGAACAGCAGCGUAUCCACCCAUCUCCACUCGCAGAAGCGACAAUCUUCUUUCGACAUCACGGCAGACAUCACCGCGAGCGCUCGCCGCAGAGAAGUGCGCAGGCGUGCACCGCAAGGCCUGCUCGCUCGCUGGGCAGCGUGUCAUCACAGCGCGUCGACGGCGACGAGGAUUUUGUCCUGCCGCGAAUCACCCGCGAGGAAAGAGCUUGGCGCGCGGAACGGCAACUUACAACCUCGACCUCCGUCAGGCCGUCUGUCACGCUUUCCCACAACAACCCAGCAUCCACCUCACUCCAUACCGCACACACCCACCACUCCUCUGCCCGCCCGCCAGCGCGUCGCUGCCGCCUCCCACUCCGCGCAGGCGUCAGGCACGGUCGACGUGCGUCCGCGCCUGCCCUCCCAGCAGCUGCGUGCCCCCGCGGCAUCUGCUGAAAAUUCUCCACAGCCCGACACCCGUCUCGCAGCUGGUCCGAUGUGUGGUGUGGUUCUGCGCGACAUAGCAACUCUGGAGUAGCCUACCCGCCGCGACCCCACCACCUUCCACUCUUUCUCCUCCCCAUUGCCAACAUGGAUAACAACCAGUAUCAACAACACGCAUACGCGUACGCAACGGGCAACGGCCAGUCCUCAAACCAGCCCUCGACGACGCAACAACAGCAGCAGCAAGCCGUCGCCGCCCACCAGCAGGCCUCCGCCCCGACACUCCCUCCGCUGCAGCAGGCGCAACAAGGUCAGAAUGGCUACUCGUUCGGCAAUCUGUCCUACGGCCAGCCGGGCAGUCAGUCCUCGACGCCUACCACGCCGCACAACCCAUCACUCCCCGGCGUACAACAGCAGUCGCACCCAUAUCCACAGCACAUGUCUCCGACGGCGACCUCGGGCAGCAUGGCGCCACCAACGGGCUACGCCAACCCUUACGGCACCGCCAACAUGAUGUACCCGACAUCGACCUCCUCGCCCAUGCCCUCGGCCACUUCCUCUCUCCUGCCAAACCUCCGCCCGAUGCCACCGGGGGGCAUGAUGGGUGCUGGCGGUAGCUUGCCGAGUCUCGCCCAAGCAGGCCAGCAGAUGAGCCAGAUGGGACAGGCUCCCUCCUUCAUGCAGGACGAACAACAGCCCACCCACGUCGUGGGCUCGCAAGGACGCCGCGGAAUUCUCCCGAGUGCGCCAGGAAGACCCAAUCCUCCCCCACAAGGCAGUGGCACCGCCACGAAGAGCAUGAUCCCGCAAAAGGAUGCGGAUGGCAAGUAUCCCUGCCCUCACUGUAACAAGACAUAUCUGCACGCGAAGCACUUGAAGCGUCACUUGCUUAGACACACCGGUGACCGUCCAUACAUGUGCCACUUGUGCAAAGACACGUUCUCUCGCAGUGACAUCCUCAAACGCCAUUUCCAGAAGUGUUCUUUGCGACGCGGCAACCCCACCGGUGCCAACCAUCUCGCACACCAGCGGCGGAACACGAACAGUGGGAACAGGCUGUCCAUCAGUCAGCAAGAUCCCCCGAUCGGUCUAGCAGGUAUGCCUGAUGUCGCCGGUGCGAAUAACUCGUACAAUGCCAACCUUGUGGGUAGCAGUCCCAAUGUCAAUGGAGACUUAUCUGCCAGAUCCUCAAGAGCCAACAGCUUGAUUGGCGGCGGCAACUUGAGCCACCGCAGCAGUCUCGCUGGUCUGGGGAUCUUAGGCUCGAACACGUCAGGCGCCGAUCAAGCACAACAGACAUCGGCGCCAUACCAGCCCGGCAUGCACGCCUACGCCAUGCAGAACGCGCAAAAUGCGCACAAUGCCCAGAAUGGCUCCCACAUGCAAAGCCCGUAUUCCUUUCAACAACCGCAGAUGAAUGGCAACAACAUGUACAGUGGUCCGCCCGCACAACAGCAGCAACAGCAGAUGUCUUUUUUAGGCCAGCAGAGCUCGCGCUUCGCCAACAGCCAGGUGAACAAUCAGAUGCCAAGCACUGAUGGAAACGGCGUCGAUUGGACCCGUAUGUUCACGCAAGGUGGCCAGGAUGGCUUUAUUGGCAGCCAUCCUGCGAACGCGAGCUCGCAAGGAAAUACACAAAUCAAGACCGAAUCAGACAACAAGCAAGAGUAUACCAUGUCAAACGACUUCAAUAACGAGUCUUUUUUAGGUAGUCUCUACUCUCACCCGGGUGGCUUUGGGGGUGAGACCAUGGAUAACGGCAUCCAUGGAUUGCCCAAUUGGGGCAUGGACGAUCCGCUACAGGCCAAAGUCGACAGCCUGCUGCAGCACUGCUUUCCCAACGGACUCGACAGCGCACGCAAUGACCCAGCUUCUCUCCUCGUGCAAAGUGUCCUGAAGGUGGACAAGCUCAAGCAUUUCGCUGAGCACUACACCUCCUUCCACGGACAUUGGCCGAUUUUACACAUGCCGACAUUCCGAUUGACCAAUGCGAACAACAAUCUGGUUCUCGCCAUGAUCUGCAUCGGCGCAGUCUACAGCCCUGAGCUUGGCGUCCAUCAGACUCGCCAGUUGAUGGAGUUCGUCAAGACGACCGUAUACGCGAACUGCACUAUCUACAACCGUGUUCGGAAUGGGCAAACCGAGGGCCUGGGAGAUCAAGCCUUUGAGGUGGAAGAGUUGCAAGCUCUUUCCAUGCUCCAAACGGCAUUCAUGUGGCACGGUGAUGCAGCUCAGAGACAGGGCUCACGUGGCGAAUUUCCAAUGCUGGUUCGCAUUGCUAAAGCGAUGGCUCUCUGUGAUUCAGCACCCCCUGGACAUUAUGCGCACAGCCCGUUGCAUAAUACCAGACAGUCCCAGGCCGGACAAUACCAGACGCAGAAUUGGAAUUGGUCAUCCUGGCUGGAGCAAGAGAAACGCAACCGCGCUCUUUAUCAGGUACUGGCUACGGACGCUGCUAUGGUCAUGUUCUUCAACUGCACGCCACUCUUUGACCCUCUUGAAAUCCGUUUGAUGCUACCUGCAGAUGACGCCGCUUGGGACGCCACCAGCCCUCAGGAGUGCGCCAAUGCCCUUGGACUCAACGGCCCACAGGCACAGAGCAGAAACAUGACUGGCACACGAAAGCCGGUGCAGCCAACCACACGUGAUGCAAUGCGUGUCCUGCUGGAUCCGUACGCUUCGUUCCAGCCAAGCACGACCAAUGUGUACUCCAAGUUCCUGCUCAUUCACGCUUUGAUAAUCCGGAUUGUGGUGUGCCAGAAGGCGCUGCUUGGGCCCGAUCAGCCAGUGCAGCCAUUUACACUGAACCUGCAUGGCAGCACGCCGGCGACACCACUCUCGCAGAAUGACUGGCUCGAGCAGAGUGGCAGCCGUCCUCAAAGCGCCAGUAACAGCGGCCAUGGAACGCCGACCGAAUCGCAAAGCCCGAAGCAACAGAACACAAUGGCAGCGCAGCAAGAGAAGAAGCGGCUUGCUCAGGCCCUCGAGAAGUGGAAGCGUAGUUGGGACACCGACAUGGAGCUCCAGUAUCCACCCACGCACUUUCAGCAACGUCGCUUUGGCUUCAGCCGCGACGGCGUUCACUUCUUCUACCUUGGUCGCAGCUUCUUGCAAUCCCAGCAGGCGUCCGACUUCACUCUCCCAGCCGACAUGCGCUUCAAGCGCGUCAUGGCUCUGCUCAAGCGGAUCAAGAGCAUGGUCGUGGGCGAUAAUGAGAACAAGGGGCAGGACAUUGGGUCUGUCGGUGACAUCGAUGACCAAUACGGACUUGACAACCUGACUCUGGACAUGAAGCUACUCUUCAAACCGUACAACAGUCAGCUUGACAGUCCUGUGGCUGGCGUUCAGACGCAGUCUGUAUAACCUCACGACCUGCGACUGAUUGCUGCCCACAUAUUCAUUCACGGCGUACAAAAAGUUUCAUCGGACGGUAUCCUUCGGCUUCACAUUCUCAAGACUAUGACGAUGCAUGCAAUACGGAGUCCUGCUUUGCAAUACAGGUACGGAGGGCGCAACACCCAUGGCAACUUGCUUGUUUUGUUUUUUCCCAUCAACAUCAAUACGGAGGCUACAGUGAUAUGACACGAAACAGAACAUAACGAGAUAUAGAUUAUAGACGAAGCGGGCGAGAGGUACCAGGUCCUGCCCUCGCCCAAGAAAAAGGAGGCCGGCGUUCUUUAACAUUUCUGUGUUAUUCAAUAUUGUCUUCUGGCUGCGUGCGGUCAGUAUGAACAGCUGCAAGGUGGUUUACGAGCGGGGACGAAUGCAUGUUGGCAAGGCGAUGUGGGAUUUGGAGGCUCUUGCGCUCAUCAACAGAAUACCGACACUGCGAUGUUGGACGCGGCUAGAUCACUAUCGAGCGCAAGCUCUGCGACGGAGGCUUCUUUGUCUGCAAUUGUCGAUAUGCACACCGUGUGUAGUGGUUGAAAUUGGAGCGACAUAGCAUCAAACGAUUUGGUUAGCCGUAGACUAUAGCUCUCGAAACCACAUUGUUACUGCUUCAGCCACC